AUGGGCGACACCGAGGUGGACACGCCCGUCAACGCCCUUGCUCCUCCGUUGAAAGCUUCCCCAGCAGAUGCGAUCCCCAACAUCGACCCUCUCGAGGGCUGGGGAAAUGAUGAUGCGGAUGAGUACACUAUGCUGAAAAGGUUACAACGGCAUACAGAGUAUAUAAAUCUACAAGAAGAAUACAUCAAAGAUGAGCAACGGUUUGUCGAACCCGAAGAAAAUAGAACUUUUGACGCUUGGAUUUCACUGACCAUCUGUAGGAGCCUCAAGCGCGAACUUGUCAGAGCCCAGGAGGAGAUCAAGAGAAUACAGAGUGUUCCCUUGGUGAUUGGCCAGUUUAUGGAAGCCAUCGAUCAGAACACCGGUAUUGUGCAAUCGUCGACAGGGUCCAACUAUGUCGUCCGGAUCCUUUCCACUCUUGACCGCGAAAAGCUCAAGCCGUCCUCCUCUGUUGCCCUACAUCGCCAUUCAAAUGCCCUUGUUGACAUACUUCCGCCCGAAGCGGAUUCCUCUAUUGCUAUGUUGGGUGCACACGAGAAGCCCGAUGUCACAUACGCCGAUGUUGGAGGGUUGGAUAUGCAAAAACAGGAAAUCAGAGAGGCUGUCGAGUUGCCCUUGACGCAGUUUGACCUGUAUAAGCAAAUUGGAAUCGAUCCACCUCGAGGUGUCCUGCUAUAUGGACCACCGGGGACCGGCAAGACUAUGCUGGUGAAAGCAGUGGCGAACGGUACAACCGCAAAUUUUAUCCGCGUUGUUGGAUCCGAGUUCGUGCAGAAAUACCUUGGUGAAGGACCUCGUAUGGUUCGAGACGUUUUCCGCAUGGCGCGAGAGAAUUCGCCGGCUAUUAUUUUUAUCGACGAGAUCGACGCUAUCGCCACGAAACGGUUUGAUGCACAGACUGGAGCGGAUCGUGAAGUCCAACGCAUCUUGCUUGAACUGCUCAACCAGAUGGAUGGUUUCGAUCAAACAAGCAAUGUCAAAGUUAUCAUGGCUACCAACCGAGCCGAUACUUUGGACCCUGCUUUGCUUCGGCCUGGUCGUUUAGAUCGAAAGAUCGAGUUCCCAUCUCUUCGCGAUCGACGGGAACGUCGUUUGAUCUUCUCCACCAUCGCGUCGAAGAUGUCGUUAUCACCAGAGGUAGAUUUGGAUUCGCUCAUUGUCCGUAAUGAUCCUCUAUCUGGCGCCGUCAUCGCUGCAAUCAUGCAAGAAGCGGGCUUGCGGGCUGUGCGUAAGAACCGAUACAACAUCAUCCAAUCUGAUCUUGAAGACGCCUAUUCAAGCCAGGUCAAGAGUGGACAAGAUGCUGACAAGUUUGAUUUCUACCGCUAA